UUCAUUCCUCCGCUCUUAAUCUGCUCGUCUCCCUUCCUCACCCUCGCCACCCCCUCCGCCCUCCCCGUAUUCCCAUUCACGAACUUAACCACGAUGCGUUUCGUUACCGUCGCUGCUGUCCUCGCUGCGCUCCCUACCGCGCUUGGUACCACUACUAUCACGGGCCCGUCGCCCUCGUCGUACUGGGUGCAGAACAUGAGCAAUACCAUUACCUGGACGUUCGCCCAGGGCGACCCGAGUCCUGUCAAUAUCGUUAUCGUCAACGUAGACAACGCGACGCUGAACGGGCCAUUCUCCAUAGCUAGUGAUGUCGAUCUAUCCAACUCGUCCUUCACGGCCACGGCCGUCACCCUGGUCACCGGCUCAGGCUACCAAGUCGAGUUCGUCAGCCCGCUGAACGUGACACAGGUCCUUGCGACAAGCCAAAGCUUCCAGGUCAUGCCUCCAGGCACUGCCCCCGCUCCCACCUCGAGUGCGCCUAGCGCUGCAGCCUCCACAACCGGCUCUUCCACCGCCUCUGGUUCUGGCUCUGGCUCUGGGUCUGCCUCUGCGUCAGGCGCCUCGUCCAGUGGCAGCGCAUCCGGCUCCGGUUCGCCGAGUCCAUCGCCCAGCCCCGGUGGCGCGUCCGCGCUUGGCGUCUCCAGCGUCUUUGGCAUGCUUGCGGCGUGUGGCGCUGCCGCUGCGCUUCUAUGAUCUGCGUUGCUCGAUACCCAUAUCCCCAUCUAUCGUCGUUUCUGUUGAUCCGUGCUGUACGUUGCCUAUUGUUGUAGUGUUGUAUACCCGCGCUAGACGCUGUAUCUUCCCCUCGCGACCUUUACCUUCCCGGGCAGCGAUUCUCACUCUGUACCCUCUUCCUCGAUUCCUAUCGUGUAUAUAUGGUGUCGAUGCAUCUCAGCCUGACCCAAGACAAUAUUCGCUGUACCCUCUCAAUACUUAUUGUUUGUAGAUAAAGUGUUUUGUCAUCGCUACUUUGAGCUCUGGCGCUGCAUGUGUAUGACGCUUCCACCAGCGGUCUGCAAGAGUUAUGCAUGCUCAACCCUAAGGCUAAAUUCUG